GAUCUUUUAGAUUUUAUAAAUUUGUCAAAAAAUUAUACCAUAGAAUUUUAUGUUUUAAACCACUGUCAUUACUAUGUGGUGUUUGAAUUAGUAAAUUUUGGGUUAUGGAAUUUCUUCUUUUAGUAUUUGUUGGUAUCAAACAAAUACAUGAAUCUAGGGUAAAGAGCAAGACAAACGAUCCUUCAAUUACAGGCGGCCAAAGGAUUUUUUUAUUUUUUAUAAGAAUAGUGGCAUUAACAUAAAAUAACUACGUUUCCGACUCGUUUAUGUAUGGCCAUGACAGGCUUGAGGUUGUCACGUAAGUUGGAUUUAUUGUCAUAACUUUUAGUGAAAAAAAGGACAUUUGUAGGCACAUACUUAUUUUAACCAUCUUAAAUAUCUUGUAUUCACAUACAUAUUUUGAGUGUUUUUCCCCCCCACAAAAUCUAAUCAAUCUAAUUAGCAAAUUAAGCAGUUAUAUUAAUCAAACACCCUUCUCUAGCACUAUUAUUGCAUCAAAACUCUAGUAUAAAACACCAUAUGUAUAGUUGCAAACCCAUCCUUGUUGCUUGGGAGACUGCGGGUUUCUUCGGAAUAGCAAAUCACUUUAUUUUGUGAUUGUUAGACACUCGUUAAAACUCUUUUGGAUCGUACAACGUGCGAGUCGGGGGAAGAAUGCUACCAUCGAAUCUCAUCAAUACACGAAAUUCUCUCAACUCAUCGAUCGAUUCAUUGUCUUUCUUUACUCUCUUCCCGUUCCUCAAUGAGGCAAUGUAUGAACUCAGGAGCCUAAAUAAUAUGUGUUUUUUUUUUCAAGCCUUAGGAAAUUGAAUUGUUUGGCAGUAGCGAUGACAAGGAAUCGAGUCAAAAGCGAAUACUGCAUAUUCAUUAUCCUAUCCCAAAACUAUCCCGAUUUCAAUCCCUUUCAUACCACACAACAAUGGGGUAGGGUAUAAAGACCAUACUCAUACUCGAUCGAGUUUUGGGUAUCCACAGUUAUAUCCCAUGUGUAAUAAUUAUAUUUAUAAUUUUAACCAACAUGUUAAGAAUUACACGUAUACUCACAUUGCAUAAGUGAAAAAGGUACAACAAUAAAUUACAAGAGAGAAAAAUUAGUAAAAAAACAACACAUUUUCGGACAGGUUAAGAAAAUAAUGAUAAAUCGUAAACGAAAUAAAUAUCCAUCUAUAUAAUCGAACAAGUUGAGGUUGGAUAAUAAGAAAAUUAUGUCCACCUAUCAGCCUCAAUAUUCGACUUCGAGUCCUAUACCCAUUAAAAAUCCUCUGAGUUCAAACUAAAUCAUACAUGAUUAGAUCGAAUUCGGACAGAUAUUAUGAUCCUAUUUGACAUCACUACUAAAAAUAUGUUUUUAAUGGAGACCUAUACAUGAAGUGUAGCUUAUAAUAAGUUUGGUGGAGGAAGAGUGUUGCUACCCGGUCCAUAUCAACAAUGUCAUAUUUGACACACUUGACCACUUACCUAACUUGGAAUUGAAUAAACAAAUCAAAAUUCAAACCCCAAGAAAGUUGUGUUUGUGUUGUUUUAGUCUUCAAGCUUGCAUGGAUGGUUACGGCGCAUGCCGAGUUAUCGUCCUCGGCUCCCAUAGUCGCUAAAUGGUUCGAGAAGUCAUUCAACUUUGAGUGAAAUGACAUAAUCAAAAUGAUUUGGUGGAGCAUGUUGAUCAACAAUGGUAACUUGAUCCACUCAUAGCAAGUAAGGUUAAAUCUCACGAAGUAUUAGGGUUUGUUAGUGUUUGAGUCUAACUGAGAGUAGGAGGGAGACUCAGGUAAAGAGGGGGUGAGAAGAGUAAGCAAUGGGAUGAUCAUGACAGAGAGAAAGUUCUUUGAUAUAGAGUGAGAGAGUUAAAAAUGCGAUCUCCUCGCCCACCAGAGUAAAUGCCUUAUUAUAUAGGCUACAUGGUGGUGGGUGAGUAUUUAAUGCGACAUGACCACUGACUUGUCAGGCGUCUAGACCAUACAUCUACCCGAAGCUAGACACUCUUCCCCAUGAUUAUACCUAGUACUAGGAUGUGACCACUUUACAGGGGAUACGGCGUCGUUUUCUGACUUCUUAAUCCAACCUGAGUUUUGAGUGAGACGGUGUUGUUUGGGACCUUGGUUACUGUGGCGUCCUCCUCCCUCACGGAUGUAGUUCCGCGAGGGCGGUCUUCUUCACGGACGCGCGUGGUCUUCUUCUCGGACGUGGUCUCUCCGCGCGCGUUGCUGUAAGGCUUGGGCGUGGUGGCGUUAGCACGCUCGGCUCCUCUGGGAUAGUUCAAGUGUCGACUCUUUGGCGCGCCUAGACCCGAGCCACACCCCCAACAAUUAGGAAUUGAGUUUUUUUUUUACGAGAGAUGGAGAAAUUGAUCGACUGGAUUUCGAGUCUCUCUUUCGAUUUUUGUUGAGAUUUGAAUGCAAGCGGAAGCCAACUUGACGAUCCUGUUGAUCUAGUUUAGUAUUCGCGUAACUAGAAUCAUGUCGAGUAAUGUGACAUGAUGAUAUAUGAAUAUUACCAUAUGUUAAGCAGAUGUAUUAAUCGCAUAUGUGGGGUUUCCUAUUGAAUUUCACCUUGAUUCGAAAAGGAUCUCAUGAAUUUAUUUAAUUUGUUUUGUUUUCUAAUAAAAAUAAUAAUUAACAAAAAAAUAAUAAUUCAAAAUUUUUUAUAGCAAAAAUAAUUUCAAAAUUCAAAGUUUUUAUUUCAGGUUUGCUGACGUGGCAAGUGACCCAGUGUUUGACUAACGGUCAAUGGAGUUGACCGUCCAAUUUGACGGUCAAAACCCGCGUCGGGCCAAACAAGGAAGUAUGAUGCAUAGUUCGGGCCAGAUGAUCGAGAAAUCUCAGAAACCACGAAUCAAAGUAGAAAAUUUGACUAUAAUUCGGGCCAAAACAAGGUAUUAAGCCAAAAUAUUUUCGUUAACAAAAAAAUCGUUUUAGUAGUGAUUAGCUGAGAUUAAAGAAGAUGUUUUCAUUAACCAAAAAACAAACAAUUUGUAAUGAUGAAUGCUCUCCAACAGUUUUUCAUACCAUAAAUGUCAUAAUUCUCUUAUAUUUUCCUCAUUAAAUUUGGACGACUUAUUACUCAGACAAAUUACUCAAAUUUAUCUUGAGUGAUGUAGCAAUAAACAAAUUUUGUUUGGCAUCCAAUCCAACCCAAUCACCCAGGACUUACCCUCAAACCAAACCUUCAACUCCAACCUGCCGGUCCAACCAACUCCCAACCCUACAGUCCCCGCCAACAUUCUAUUUUCUUCCCCUUCCCGUCUGCAAGCACGAGGAAUCAAGGUGCCAAAACAGUGCCCAAUUGAACAAACUUCUCGUACUUCAGAUUCAUCGUCCGCCGCCGGUGAUACUGCUUUCUCCGGAGCCUGCUUACCGAAGGAGUCAACGCAUCGCAAAUUCAGACUCCACAAGUCGAAAUUAACUGUGGGGGAGCAAAAAUAUGGGGUCUCAAGGGCAACGUGGAAGUGGGAGCAAGCCGCGAAUCGGGAGGUACGAGCUCGGAAAGCUGCUUGGGUUGGGAACUUUAGCAAAGGUCAGGUUUGCCAGGAAUACCGAGACCGGGGAGAAUGUUGCCAUCAAGAUUAUUGACAAGGAAAAGGUUCUCAAACGUCAGAUGAUCACUCAGAUUAAGCGAGAAAUAGUGACCAUGAAGCAUCUGCGACACCCAAAUGUCAUCCGUACGGACGAGGUGAUGACAUGCAAGACAAGGAUAUACAUAGUCAUGGAAUACGCCGCUCGUGGUGAACUUUUCGACGAAAUUGUAGCAGAAGGGAGGCUGGGAGAAGAUGCAGGAAGGAAGUAUUUUCAGCAGCUUGUAAGUGCAGUCGAUUAUUGCCACAGUAGAGGUGUAUAUCAUCGGGACCUAAAGCCUGAGAAUUUGCUUCUAGAUGCUUCUCGAGUACUUAAAGUUUCGGGCUUUGGAUUUAGUGCAUUGCCACAACAAGUUAGCGGAGAUGGGUUACUUCACACAACAUGUGGCACCCCAGCGUAUGUUGCUCCAGAGGUAAUCCUCAAGAAAGGUUACGAUGGAGCCAAGGCAGAUGUAUGGUCUUGUGGUGUGAUUCUUUUUCUCUUGUUGGCUGGCUACCUUCCUUUUCAUGAUUCUAACUUGAUGGCAAUGACCAAACAGAUUACUAAAGCUGAUGUUAAAUGUCCCCCUUGGUUCUCCAGUAGUGUAAAGGAACUGGUUAAAAGGAUAUUGGAUCCCACUCCAGCUACGAGAAUCAGUAUUGCUGAGAUUAUUGAAAGCGAGUGGUUUAAGAAAGAUUAUAAGCCACCUGUUUUUGAGCAUGCUGAUUUUAGUCUUGAUGAUGUGGACUCCUUCUUCAAUGAUUCAGCAGACACCCGGAAGUUUGUUGUGGCUCCUAUGAAUCCUUCCGAACUGGUGUCGACAUCUCAGACUCAGAGUCUCAACAUCAGUAGUCCAUUCAAGAAGCAGAUGGGACUUGGUAAAAGUGAAAUUGGAUUUGGAUCGAAAAGAACCGCUAAUGACAUAAAUAACAUAAUGUCACAAAUUGAAGCAGCAGCAACAUCAUUGCGUUUAGUCGUGAAGAAGAAUGACUUGAAGAUGACUCUUCAAGGAGAGGAGACAGGACCUAAAGGUCACUUGUCAAUUACUGCUGAAAUCUUUGAGGUGGCUCCUUCUCAAUUCACGAUUGAGCUUCGCAAGUCUGGUGGUGACGCCCUGCAAUUCCACAAGUUUUACAAGGGCAUCUCGACUGGACUGAAGGAUGUUGUUUGGAAAACAGUGGAUGAAGGAAAGGAAGAAGGGAACGUAAAGGUCGGAUGAUGCAGGAGAAUCAUGGAGGAGCUAUGCCUUUUCCAGAGUAAAGGGUGAACUGCAGUGAAUUGGUUCAUGUUGGUGAAGUACAUAAUAUUAGCAAAACGCUCGUGUAUUGAUGAAUUAGCAAAAUAUAUACCACCCCUCCUAAUAUACAAUUAUACACUUUCUUAAUAUAGAUUUCCCAUGUGAUAUACAAUUUUUAUUUGUGAUAUAUAAUAUUUAAUAAGAUGAAUCAGAUAAUAAAAACAUAAUGCUAUCAUGUUAUCAAUUUUUUUUUUUUACAUUCGUGUUCUUUUCACUUUAUCGAUAGAAUUAAUAUGAGAUCUAAAGUUCAGUGAAUUAAGAGUAAGUCUCAUAUUAGAAAGACAAAAUUUUAUGGUCAUUAAUUAAUGACAUCGAUAGCAAAAACUAUUAACAAACCCAUAAUAAUUUGAUUAUAAUUUUAUUGCGUUACACGAUUAAUAAAUAUAAUAAUAAUAAUUCGGCCAAGUGCCUGAAAUAAAACUAGUCUUUCUGAACGAAUCAUUAAUAAUUUGCGUAUUGUAUUAUUGGUUGAUUAAUAAUAACAACAAACUAGUAUCUUAACAAGUCAAUAAUAAUUUGCUUAUAAUGUU